AACUGUAUUUAAUUGUACUACUUUCAAAGUUAAGUAAAUAAGUUAGAAAAUAAUAUGGCUAUGCUUAUCAAUGUUUGUCGGUCUCAAAAAGGGCAAGAACUUCAUAUAAGAAAACGCCAACUUCCUAUUAAAAGUGAAGAUCAGAUAUUUUUGAUGGACUUGGGCAUUAAAGGUCUUUCUUUUGAUAAAAAUGAUUGCUCAGAGAUAUACCAGAAGGCAUUCGAUAAAAAAGUUAAAAUUAUGACACGGGAAGAGUUUUUUUUGUCUUUGUUAGUAACUCACAAACACUUUACGAGAAUUCUAAGUGUUUCAGUUCCAUGCGUUGGAUGUCGGCGUUCAGUCGAACGCCUUUUGGAACAGUUAAAAACUUGUGUUUAUCCUACCCUUUAUCCGAUUGAAAUUCACCCCAACGGUAACAUCACAAUAAAUAUUGACAAACUCAAAAAUACUGCAAGUGUGGGUAUGAUAUUGUAUGACAGUGAUCGAUUACUAAAUGAUUUAGUUGAGCCUCGUAGUAAAAAAAGAUCAAGAUGUGGACUUCACUCGUUAGAUUCAUUUCGAUUAAGACCUUUUUCAGAAGUUUGGCGUGAUGUUUGGAAUAGCAUGAACAGCAUUUGUAGAGAAAAGGUUUCUAUAAUUGAAACUGAUGAGCUACACACAAUAUUGUUGAAUUAUCUAAAAAAGCACAAAUUUUGUUCUGAAUGUCGUACAAAGAUUGAAAAGGCAUACCUUUUACUUGUGAAUGAAAACAACAGAUUAGAGAAAGAACCAGUAUACAUUUCAUCAUUGUACGCUGGAAUCAAGCGAUGUAUUUCCCAGUGUAUUUCUAAAAAACAUAUUCACAUUCUCCAUGAAAACAACUUUAUUGAUAAUCUGAUAAAAAAAGCUGAGCCCGAACUAAACGAAAGUCAGUUUAAGCAUCGUGAGCGCCAUGCAAAAAAUGCUCAAGAAGAGGUGCUUACAUGUAUUGGUAUAUAUAUUUAUGAAAAGUUGCGCCGGAUACAUUUAUGUCUCAAAGAGGAAGAAAAUGCGUGUCAGGUUUUAGCUUCUGUAGCUGUAUAUGCAUUGUCUCGAAAUUUUAAUAUGGCUGUUGAAAAUAAGAACGGUAUUAGUAAACUUGAAUUAUUAUACGAAGAAAUAAGUCGUGAAGAAAAGUUAAAAGAACAACGGAAGGAACAAAGGAAAAAUAAAAAAAGGAAAAAACGCAUGGAACGGAAAAGUAGAAAUUCAAAUGAAUAUUGCACUAAUCUAAAAACUGUUUGUGUUUCUGCUACUGAAAAUGAUGAACAAUUAGAAAUUAUAAAUGCUAACAAUUAUUAUUCCAUGAAUAAGUUUAUCGAACCAGAGGUGGUUAAUAGUGUAAAUUGUAAAUCCUGUCAUUCCUAUAAGACAAGGGUUCAAUAUUCAUUGGAUGCAGGUUAUUCAAGCGAAACUCAUCAUGAGGGUAUAUUACCUUAUUCUACAUCUUCAAGUAUCACUUCAAGUCCAGCAGGAUCUGAAAUCGCUUAUAUAGAUGGUUUGUGCAAUCAUAAAGACACACUUUCCAACAUAAAGGACGACGAAUGUUCUUCAAAACCUUUCGGACGAGAAAUACAUAAAUUAUCUUUAGCUCAGAUGUUGGAUGAAGCUAAUUAUUCAGAUGAAGAAGUAUAUGAUGGAAUUCCCGAUGAACUAAUUUUAAAUUUUCAAUCAAGGCAAGCUAUUAUUAAAAAAGAACGCGAAGAAUUACGAAAGCGGUUGGUCAAUAAUUUCAAUCGCUUAUGUGCCACUGCUAUUGUAAAAGAACAUUAAAAAACAACUAUCUGAAUUCCAAUACUUAUAUUGUUAAAUAAAAUCAAAAUAUUGAUAAUACAUUAUAGUUAGGUAAUUUUUAUAAAAGAAAGUUAAUGAAAAAAGAUUGUAUGUAUCUAGUAUUUCAAAACUUUUUUUUGUAUUUUAUCAUUUUUCGUAUCAAAUAUUUUGGACCAUA